CACUUUGAAGGUUCAAAACCCGAUGACGAAAGCCACUGCUGACCUCUCACUGAGGAAAUGGCUCGCCUGAACCUCCUUGUUACGCAACCAGGCACUGAGGGGACCAUCACACUUAUGUACAUGCCAUGCUUGGCGUUUACCGUGUGGAAUGCUAGAUACCGUCGUUUGGACUUGCGACGAUGGAAGUCGGUGGCCCACUCAUGGGAAAAAGUCAAGUGAUGGCAAAGAAGAAAUUUAUUUUAUGUUCUGUGGUGCUUUUGAACGAUAUAGCGCCACUAUGCGGUAGACAAAGCACUGUCAGCCGUUGAUGGCUGCAGCCCCGGCACAUAGUGCAAAUCACUAAUGCUUGAACCACACGCGUCGAACCUCUAGUAGUGACUGGCGUAAUCCACUGCAGAAUGCUUUAUCAUUUACCUUGACGUGUAUACCAUCCCGUUUUGCGGGUCCUGCAUUUUGUUGUAAAAAAUAACUUCCCCAUGAUUCGGUGAACCGGAGGCACGAACGCUCGUUUUCCUGUACUCUCAUUUCGAGGUGGCGCAGAAUGAGGCAUCUCGGUCUAGUACGGUGAUCCUUCUUCGUAUGCUUUCGGGUUUCGUUAUUUACUUUCACUUGGGGGAAGUGGUGAGUUCAUAGUAUCUCAGUGACAACAGGUGGUGCCGCCGCAGUACAAGGGCGAACGUAGCACUAGUACAUCUUUUGUUUUGUGGCAAGAAUUGGGUCCCCGCCGAGUAACAAUACCUUGACAGCGUGAACUCGAAAAAGGGACGUAUCCGCAAUAGUUUCAUCACUUAGUUCAGACCUUACUACAGCGAAAUUAAGAUUUCCCCGUAGAGGCUCGCUGCCGCGUGUGUUGCGAUCAUCGCAUAUCGUGCUUUCACCAUAGAAUGGCGCACAACAUUAUCAAAUGCCCCGAGUCGAAUCGUUACCCACACCAGAAGCUGCGUGGUACAAUUGGGGAAUUCGUGGAUUUCAUAGCUGUUACAUCAUCGAAUGAAGCUUUGCCUACUGCUUCAUCGCUGGGAUAAGGCUCGUACGUGAGCAACUGGGAACAAAAGUGAGGAUGCAAGCUGUAUAUUGGGGGAAAAUGUGCGGAAGGCUGAAAGGGUAAAAACCGUGCAGUAUCCGUGGGGAUGGACACGCUGCGGACGGUUUAUAUGUUACAAAGUCGCAACGACUGGUUUUGUUGAUGAAUGCCUGUCCGAAUGCGAUGGCAAUAUUAGAAAUCGAAAGAAAAACUUCACAGGGUGCAUAUUGAUGGGGAUUCGGAUGGAUAGACCAGCCUCGUAUUCUUUCCACCAUGCCCUUCGUCUUCUAGUUGCGGAAAAAGAACAUUCGGGCCCUGAACUAUAUCCUUCCAUUUUCGUUACUAGUAUGAAAAUGCGACAAACAGCGUUUCUGCUAGUUAACACAGAGCAAAGCCCCAUCUUCAACAUACUCAUCAGGUGUCCCGAGCAGAAAACCAAUGGCGGUAUCGCUUCGCCAGACGCACGUACCAACACGGCAGGUCACCAGACAUUUUCCAAGCUCGGCCUCGCACCAAGUACACACACUCUUAAGCCUCUGCGUUACACUGUCGAAGUCUGGUGAGACAGUCGUUUGCAUGUACACCAACGGUUGGUUGCAUCAGUCCCUCCAACGGAGUUGCCAAGGGACGAUGCCUACGACGGAGAUUCACA